CUGUGUUGUUGUCAUGGAUGCUGAUUUCCUGCUCGCCAUUCAGCUACAGGAUCAGUUCGAUAAUGAAUUUGAGACUUCAUUCCUGUCGUCGAACGACUCCGACGGCGAUGACUUUGGGCAGAGCAGUAAGAAACGGAAGGUGGAGGCGGCAGGAAGAGGAGACGAUGCUGUUCCCGGCUGGAAGCCGAGUUCUCAGCCUGAGCGGCCGCUGAGCAUCGUGGACGAGUCCUGGGAGAUGCUGGACCCAAACCCAGAUGUGAGGGCCAUGUUCCUGGAGUUCAACGACACGUUCUUCUGGGGGAAACUGAGCGGAGUGGAAGUGAAGUGGAGCCCCAGGAUGACACUAUGCGCUGGCGUGUGUUCUUAUGAAGGCCGAGGUGGACUUUGUUCGAUCCGGCUCAGUGAGCCUCUGCUGAAGUUGAGACCCAGGAAAGACCUGGUGGAGACGCUCCUUCAUGAAAUGAUUCACGCUCUCCUGUUUGUGACCCAAAACAACCGAGACCGAGACGGACACGGUCCCGAGUUCUGCAAACACAUGAACAGAAUCAACAAGACCAGCGGGACUAAAAUUACUAUCUACCACAGCUUCAAAGACGAGGUGGACGUCUACCGGCAGCACUGGUGGCGCUGCAGCGGGCCCUGCCAGAGCCGCCAGCCUUUCUUUGGCUAUGUGAAGAGGGCCAUGAACCGGGCUCCGUCCUCUCUGGACCCCUGGUGGGACGAUCAUCGGAGGACGUGUGGCGGGACGUUCACAAAGAUCAAGGAGCCUGAAGGAUACGGCAAAAAAAACAAGAAGGACGUUAAGAAGGAUGGAAAACCCUCCGAGAAGAAGAGCGUAGGAAGUGGGAAGUCUUCUAAUACAAGUAAAGGUUCUGGGGUCCAGGAUAUCCGGAACAUCGUCCCUUUCAGUGGGAAGGGAUUCCUCCUGGGAGGGAAGUCUCAGACCUCCUCGUCUUCGUCCUCCUCUCUCUCAGCACCAGUUCCUGUUGUGACACCUUCACCUGUUAAAAAACCUUCUGCCUCCGUACCUCCAUUCAGAAAUCUCCACUCUCCCGUUUGUUCUGGCUCGUCGGACCAAACCAAGCCCGGUGGAGCGUCCACCUCCGCAGGCGCAAAGCCCCCUGUGAAGAAGUCUGUUGGCAACACGAGAGUUUUUGUAAACGUCGGGGGCUCUCCUGUUAAAAUUCCUAAACCUCCGAGCAGUUCUGGAAGCCAAGGGGCAGAUAAACUCAAACAGAGGUCCAUUCAGGAUCUUUUCGAGAACGCGGACCUCAAGAAGUCCACGCCUCGGUUCUCGAACUCGAGCACGGAAACUAAAAGAGACGCGCUGCCACUGCUGAAGACUUCUUCGGUUUUCACCAAACAGGAAGAAACAUCUUCAUCCAUCGGAGCUAAGACGAAGUUCUCACCUACAGCCGCCUCUGGAGGCAGCACCUCCAGAUCAACCGGGUCCAAAUAUUUGAGUGGUUCUGGCGCCGGCUGCACACCUGGGGCUGCAGGUGGAGGGCAGACGCUGAGGAAGAGGCUGUGGGACGAUCGCAGCAGCUCGGCCAGCAUCUUUGAUUUCUUCGAGAAAACGUUGGGGAGCAGUUCGGCCACGUCGAGGGAGAGAGGAGCAGCCACCUCCUCUUCAUCAGGACCGCACGCUGCCUCCUCCUCCUCCUCCUCCUCCUCUGCAGUGAUGGUCAGCUGCCCCGCGUGUCAAACUAAAGUCCAGGAGUCACAGAUAAAUCAACAUCUUGACUCCUGCCUCUCCUGAAGGAGUUUUUAAUUCAA